GCACAGCAAAGACAUGGCGGACCAGGCUUCGGCAGGACGGCGUGGAGCCGCGGUUGGCGGCGUCGCGGCGUCCGGCGGCAGCGUGCGACCCCUCAAGGCAGCUUUGAUGGCCAUCUUCUCCUUGUCCCUGGCGCUGGCAAUCGCCCUAGUAGUCGUCUUCACAGUAAAGAACAUUCACAGGCCCAAGUUCCACGGCGAGUUCCAGGCGGCGCACCUGUUCUCGUGGCAGCGGCAACGCUCGGGAUUCAUCUACACAUGUACCUCGGAGCACUGCCUGAAGGAGGGUGAGCAGCUUCAGAAGCACGUAGCCUGGACGCUGGACCCGUGCGAAGACUUUUACGACUACGUUUGCUCCAGCACAAAGCCGGCGUCAUCGGUGCGCAAAUCGGCCGUCCGACACUUUUUGCGUGAGAUUCAUGACGUCAUCGACAAAUACUCACGACUGGGUUGGCUCAAACGCACUCGACUAACCGCCCACGUGUCGUCCUUCUACAAGGCCUGUAAGAACGGCCAUUACGACUCCGUUCCAGUACAAAUGGAGCAGACACUUGAAUUUCUCAAGCUGUCUGGCAAAGACGCAAACCUCGAAGAGGGUCUCGCCUCGCUGGUCAGAAUACUGCAGGUAUUCCCGCUCGUGCAUGUGUCCGUGACGAACAAGGCCAAGAACAGUCGGGAAUGCAUCGUGCUUAGGAGGCCCAGAUCAUUUGACGGCGACCACAUAUUCGACAUCCCUAAGGCUUUCUCGAAGAAGUACGUCCCAUUCGUCAAAGGUCUUCUAGGUUCCGAUCAGACAGCACACAACGUUAGAGAAGUUGACAUCUUUCUCAAGAAAUUUUCGGGCCUGUGGAGCGAGGGCUACCAGAAAAUUUCCGAGUACGAAACAACUACAAUUGACGACCUCAGGACGAACGGUUUGGACUGGAAGAAAUUCUUGUUCAAGCUAAUCGAGUCAGCACAAAAGGACCACUGCGUCGUCAUUCGGUCCCCAGAUUAUUUCAAGCAUCUUGACAAGAUGCUUCAAAAGUUCACCUCAACUCAAGUCAGAGACUUCGUUAAGUACAGCGCAGUUCUCCAUCUCUAUCCCUUCGUGAAGCUGCACGACUCUGUCUCGACAGCGGCCUUUCAGAACACCAGCCGGGAGAUCUGCUCGCUGCUAACUUACAGAGUAUUCAACUACGUUUUUGUCAGACAUUUCAACUCAACUGUGCGCCUCGAUGUCAUCACGAGUGCUGGAAUGAAAGAAGCCAUCUUACGGAACUCGUACAGGAGCGUGCUGGACUCCGCCGUCGAGAUCCCCAUGACUACAGUGAACAGCAUCGAGGACGAGAUCAUGUCAAUCGGGCCCACUUAUUUCAGCCUGAUGGACGACGUGGAUGCCUACUAUUCUGUCAACUCUUUCGACCCAGACGUCAAAAACAUGCUUCUUUCCUACGUGAAGGCAAAGGCUGCGCUGUCCGAGCACUAUGUCACAUCCGUGCUUAAAUCUGGAGAAACCAUUCUGGAUGGAAACCUGGAGUUGACAUCGCAGUUCGACCCGGACACCAACGUUCUUACUGUGCCGCUUUCCAUCGCGCCGCUCGUGCUCAAGGGCCGCGAGUUCUUCCUCGAGUCGUCAACGGUGGGUUUCGUGAUGACGCGCUUCCUCUACCACGUGUUCCAGGAAAAGUUCCUCUUUAGCGCUGACGCCGAGACGGAGGGGCUUCAGGGCGUCAAAGGUUGCCUGGAGAAACAGUAUGGCUCCAUAGAUGUGGGCCCGUUCAACAAGACUCUGGACGGCCAGCGGACGCUGCGCGAGAACAUGGCGGACAACGUGGCCGUAACUGUGCUCCACAGGGCUUAUCGGACCUCACUGCUGUUCUACAUAUCGACCAUGGACGCGCUGGGUUUCCAAAAUGUGUUCCUGCACUUUGAGAACCUCCCCAGCGUGAGCUCGGAGCAGCUUUUCUACCUGAUGUUCGGCCAGUCCUUCUGCGACCCAGACGAGGACACCGAGCGCGUCAUCGACCACGCCACCUGGGCGCCGGCAAAGUACCGGGUGAACGUGCCCCUUAGCAACUACGAGCCGUUUGCCAAGGCCUUCGAGUGCCAGCCUGGAAGCAAGAUGAAUCCAAAGAAGAAGUGCCAUGCCCUGUGACCAGCUUGCCACGAGAGUGUAAAAGACAAGUCUGUCAUACUUCCAAUUUACGUUUUGUGUCUCGACUUCAUA